GGGCCCCCUCCCCCCGGCCCCGCUAUGAAGGUUCUCCGGCACAAGAUCGAGCUGCUGACAGGGCUGCUGCUGCAGGACAUGACCAUGGCAGGGCUGCAUGAGCUGCGCUUCACCGAGGAGAAGCCGCUGCUGAGGAGCCAGGACACCGAGCUGGACAACUCAGAUGUCUUCCUCUCCGCUGCGGACAUGGACUGGAAGGAGCACGACAUUGAGACCCCCUACGGGCUGCUGCACGUGGUGAUCAGGGGCUCUCCCAAGGGGAACCGCCCGGCCAUCCUCACCUACCACGACGUGGGCCUCAACCACAAGCUUUGCUUCAACACCUUCUUCAACUAUGAGGACAUGCAGGAGAUCACGAAGCACUUCGUGGUGUGCCACGUGGAUGCCCCUGGCCAGCAGACGGGAGCCUCACAGUUCCCUCAGGGGUACCAGUACCCCUCCAUGGACCAGCUGGCUGCCAUGUUACCCAGCGUGGUGCAGCACUUUGGGUUCAAGUACGUGAUCGGGAUCGGAGUCGGGGCAGGAGCCUACGUGCUGGCCAAGUUUGCUCUCAUCUUCCCCGACCUGGUUGAAGGCUUGGUGCUGAUGAACAUCGACCCCAACGGCAAGGGCUGGAUCGAUUGGGCGGCUGCCAAGCUCUCUGGCCUCACCAGCACCCUGCCAGACACCGUCCUGUCCCACCUCUUCAGCCAGGAGGAGCUGAUGAACAACACGGAGCUGGUGCAGAGCUACCGGCAGCAGAUUGGCAGCGUGGUCAACCAGGUCAACCUCCAGCUCUUCCUCAACAUGUACAACAGCCGCAGGGACCUGGACAUCAACCGGCCUGGGACUGUGCCCAAUGCCAAGACGCUGCGCUGCCCUGUGAUGCUGGUGGUUGGAGACAAUGCACCUGCUGAAGAGGGGGUGGUGGAGUGCAACUCCAAGCUGGAUCCCACCAACACCACCUUCCUGAAGAUGGCUGACUCUGGAGGGCUGCCCCAGGUGACACAGCCUGGCAAGCUGACCGAGGCCUUCAAGUACUUCCUGCAGGGCAUGGGCUACAUCACCCACCUGAAGGACCGGAGGCUGAGUGGAAGCUCAGUGCCAUCUGCCAGCAUGACCCGGCUGGCACGCUCCCGCACGGCCUCCCUCACCAGUGCCAGCUCCGUGGAGGGCACACGCCCGCGGGCCUGCACCCACUCGGAGAGCACCGAGGCCAUGGGGCAGAUCAACCACACCAUGGAGGUCUCCUGCUGAGGGCCCUGCCCGGCGCCGACGUCUCCUCCAGAGCCACCUCCCCCUCCAUCAGCAUCCUGCCGGCCCCCCGCCCGCUCCCUGGACGCCCUCCACCAGGGCCCUCACCCCUUUCGGGGGCUGAUUAUUUUUGUCUUCUCUUUGCCCCUUGGUCUCCUCCUCCUCCCCUCGCCUGGCACCGGAGAAGGAGAGGGGCUGCCAGCCACUGCCUCUCGGCUCCGGCUCCUGGCUUCAGCCCUGGCGUCGGUCCUCACCCUCCCUGGCAUCAGCCCGGCCCUGGCUGGGGAGGGUGGGCGGCAGGGCGAC